UUGUGGCAACUUCUAUUUAAUAUUCAAAUGUUCAAGUAUUUGAAAAUGAAUCUCAAACAGCACUAAAAAAACAGUGAAAUUGUAUUUCUUAACCUAACUCAUCUAAUAAAGGCCGUCAACAUUUUCUUCUCUCUACUUCUGUUAUAUGUAGCAACUAAUGUAACACAUGUUUCUGCUUCCUGUCAUGUGAUUUCCUGUGAGCUGUCAAAAUUGGUUACACUCAAGUCUGUGGUGGACAGACUUUACAUCUGCUCCACCUGCCAGUAUGUGAGCCGCACCAACAGGACUUUGAGGAACAACACUUAACCCAGAUCAGCAGCUCAGGAGUCCUCGCUUCAGUGUGAUUGUGAGGUGAAAGGAGGCUAUUUUGAUACAGUUUGCGGAAGUAACUUUUUCAGAACAUUAAGUUGCAGUGUUAGUGAAGAUUUUGGCUGAUUUGUUUUUUAUAUGAAGUGAGAACAUUGGUGAUUGUACUUUUGUUAUUAAAGAGGAAGUGCUAAGAGAAAACAUGGAGGAUAAUCCUGUCGUCUUCAUGAGGCUCCUGUCAGAUGAAAGCACCCAAUCCACCCUGUCGUCAGACUCCUGUGAGUACUACCAGACAGAGAUAUUUGAUCAGCUGCCCAGUAUCCAGGCCAGUCGGCCUGAGCAGAGCACACAGGGUCUUUGCGAUGUCCACCAGGGUGGCCCAGAGCCAGGGGAGAGCAUCAGCCAUGGCCACCUGUCCAGAGGAGCCAAAGACAAGGAGUCUACACAGCCGCUCAAGAACAUGGUCAUGUGCAUUCAGGGAAAGAGGACUGCCAGGGAGAGGAGGAAGAUGCAAAUCAGCAAUAUUGGUUUUUGGGAGUCCUGGAGGCGGAGCCAAAGCAUCACCAGGAAGAGAGUUUGGGUGCAGAUGGGAGGAGCUCUAUCGAGUUUGUUGCCAUGGCGGCACACUCUCCAUGCCAUCGAAGGCAAGUUCGGAGUUGGAGUGAAGGCUUACUUUGUGUUCCUCAGAUAUCUGGUUUUCUUGAACCUACUCAACUGCGCUCUUACCUCGGGCUUCAUUCUCGGGCCUACAAUGUUCUAUGGCAGGCGCAACGGCAGUGAACAUUUGUUUGGAGGCAAUGACUCAGUUUUGGAUUUCUUCCUCGGAACGGGCUAUCUUGAUCGUUCUCCGGUCUUCAUUGGUUUUUAUACUCGUGGUUCCCUGGAUUUGCCAUGCUUGAAUACACCUCUGCUGUACCUGGCUGGAAUCCUCAUCAUGAUCCUCCUCAGUCUCAUCAUGGUGGUCCGUAGAACGAUAGUUGGCUACAAGCACACCUGGAUGCUCGGAAAGCGUUACAGCGCGAAUAUGAGCUAUAAGAUCUUCUGUGGUUGGGACUUCACCAUCCAGGAUCCUGCUUCUGCUACUCUCAAACACAGCUUCAUCAGAAACGAUCUCAAGCUGUUCCUGGAGGAGCAGAACUUCUCCAUGCGUGAGGCUCAAAGGACACUGGGACAGAGGGUGCGUCUCUACCUGCUCAGGUUCAUCCUCAACCUGAUUGUUCUGUCUCUGCUGGGUGGAGCUUUCUCCCUUAUCUACUUUGCCACAAAAAAAUCACAGUCUACGAUUGAGAACAACUGGUUGGUCAGCCUGGUCCUCCAGUACCUCCCUCCUAUGAGCAUCACAUUUGUCAACCUGAUCCUCCCUCACAUCUUCCGCAAAAUCUCAUCUUUUGAAGACUACUCUUUCACCACACAGGUCAAUGCCACGCUUGUAAGGAGCAUCUUCUUGAAGCUGGCCUCACUGGGGAUGUACUUAUUUUUCAUCUUCACAACAGAAAAACAUCAGAAACAUCAAUGCAUGGAGAACCGCUUUGGCAGAGAGAUGUAUAAGCUGUGUAUCUUCAACUUCCUUGCCACCUUCUGCAAUGCCUUUCUCUUGAACUACCCCAGGAAGUUAGUGCAGGAAAAGUUCCCCACCUCCUUGCUAGCCCGGGUGUUGGGGAAACAGCGCUUUCUCAUACCGUUCAACGUCUUGGAUUUGGUGUACAGUCAGACAGUGUCGUGGGUCGGAGUCUAUUACUGCCCUCUGCUGCCUCUGAUAGGAACCGUCACACUGAUAGCCACCUUCUACAUCCAAAAGUUUGUAGUCAUGCGGUGCUGUGUGGCAGAGCAGAGGAUGUUUCGAGCCUCCAGCUCCUCUGUUUUAUUCCACUUCAUGUUGCUGCUUGGUCUCCUCAUGGCUGCAGUCACGCUGGGCUUCAGCUUCCACCUGCAAAACAUCGAACCAGACAUCACUAUGUCCUCCUGUGGUCCAUUUCAAAAUGGCAAAACAGUGUUUAUUGUGACAAAAGUGUGUGUGGAAAGUCUCCCGAGCCCAGCACCUGCCACUCUCUCCUACCUGUCCUCUGAGGCCUUCGCCUUGCCACUCAUACUAGCUGAGAUUAUAAUCUUAACCUCAUAUGUGUCACGGGGACGAGCCAAUCAGAAGGCCAUUGAAAGACUGAAAGACAUGCUGGUCAUGAGCAGCUCAGAUAAGCGUUUCCUUGUGAAACAACAUGCCACAAUGCUCAGAUGUCGGAACAAAAACAGAACAAAAGUCCAUUCUGCAGCUGUUGUAGAGGACAACUGGCAGGACCCACCCUCCACACACUGAUCAAAGUUCCCAGGCUUCCAGGUCCACCUUAAAUAUAAUUAAUAAAAAUAAAGCUUUGGCUUUGGCAACUGCAGGACAGAGGCCUCGGGGUG